CUUAGAUGGUUUGUCGAAAUAGCCAAGUCGCGCUGCUUGAGCAGGAUGUGUUGUGUAACAACUCUGUAGUUCUAUGCACGAGCUUGAGAGUUUGGAACUUGUGCUGUGGGCGCGCCCGGUUAUCAGUUCUUUACAAGCGAUAGAAGCCGUGUAGGUCUGGUUAUGAAAGCACAGUAAUUAGGUGGAUUCAUUCACUGCUCACUUGCAGGCUGCUGUCAGUUCAGAAGACUUGCAUCUAAACUAAGACAACAAUGUUCGGGGCUGUGGUUGUUGGAGUUGGAAUUGCUGGGUCUGUGCGAAUCAGGGACCUCCUCAGUCCACUGCAGUCUAGUGCCGCAGAAGCACUGAAACUCAUUGGCUUUGUAUCUAGGAGACCCCUUGGCCAAUUUAAUGAUGUAAAGCAGGUCAGCCUUGAAGAUGCACUGAAGAGUGAGUCUGUUCAUGCCGCCAUAAUCUGCACAGAUAAUCAAAACCACGAAGAAAGUAUCAGGCAAUUCCUAGAGAAUGAUAAACACGUCCUUGUGGAGUACCCGAUGGCACUUUCUGCAGAUGCAGCACAUGAUUUGUGGAAGCUAGCUGAGAAAGAAGGUAAAGUUCUGCACGUGGAGCACAUUGAGCUUCUCACAGAGGAAUACAAACAGCUAAAAAAGGAAGUUGAAGGAAAGACCCUGUUGGAAGGAGAGCUUCAUUUCACUGGUGGACCUUUAGAUGAAGAGCAUUUUGGAUUUCCAUCAUUUAGUGGUAUUGCCCGCUUAACCUGGCUAGUAGACCUCUUUGGGGAUCUGACUCUCACCUCAGCAACCAGGGAAGAGCAAAAGGAUACAAAUUAUUCUAAAUUAACAGCAAAUUUCCUCACUAGAGAGAACAGGCCAUUGACUUGGAUUGAAGAGAGAGCACCAGGAAUGAAACGUGGCAAAAAGGUUCACUUCACCUUCACUACAGGGAUACUGGAAACUUUACCUGCACCACCCAGGGCAUCUAUUGGGCCAUUUAUGCAAGAUCAGAUCUUGUUUGCAAGGAAGCUCCUGGGGCAGGUACCCAGAGAAGAGCUGGCAGCAGAAAAGAAACGCAUCCUCCGUUGUCUUGACUUAGCAGAGGCGAUCCGACAACAGUGCAAAAAGUGAAACCUUAUUUACACCUCAAAAGUUGAAGCAUGUAACUGAGGUUAUACUCGUAGAUUUUUCUCCAUUGCCUGAAACGUUGCAGCUAUAUUUAUAUGUAUUUAACAUAUGUUCUAGCUUAUCAGUAUGUGAUACUUUGUCAUUUAAAUGAAAGUGCAUUGUCAUAGCAAAAAUAAUAGAAACUCUUUUAUUAAAUGUCACAACUGGAACUCACAAGAAUAAGUCAGCGAUGUCAUAGAUCUGUAAAAAAAAGUUCAAUCUUUGUACGUGUUGUCUCCAACUACCUAGCCUCAAAAACUUAUGUUUUGUUACACUGUUAUAUACAAUGUGCACUCCAAAGGAAAUUUUUUUUUUUUUUUUAUCUAUACAUCAUAUUCUAUUAACAUUGAUGUAAAUGUAAUUAAAUUGCAAAAGGAUGUUAGAAAAAACAGCUCAUUACAAAAUAGUAGCUUUGGUGAGAUUCGUUUUAUGUGUGUUUGUAUGUAUAUAUGUAUGGGAUAUAUAUAUAUAUAUAUAUUUAAACAAUUAAUAAAUUCCUAAUUGCCUUGUAAGGUAAAUCUACAUGUUAUGAUUACUAACAUUUCCUAGUAGUUUUAAUCCUCCCAACAAACAAACAAAACAAAAGCAACAGCUAUAAUUUGUAGAUGUAGCUCGUCAUGAAAACUGACAACUUUCUCUCCAGUAAGAAAAUCCUCUCCAGUACCAACAAUAACGUAUACAGUUUAUUCUGUACCAUUAGAAGACAUAAACUUAAGUACUUAAGUGCCGUAGAAUAUAAACUGUAGUGAUGCCUUACUUUUAUGCAGCUAGAUUAGGUACUGUACUUGUGCCAUGUGUGUUUUAGGCAGUAAUUUAAUGGCAGCCAGAGUGCUGUAUCGGGAUUAUAUGGCUUUUGGUACAAUACUUGUUACUUUGAUGCCUGUGUGUAUGUUGCUGAUAGAGAGGCUGCAGUGAUAGGGAAUUAGUAUUUAAAAAUAAUAAAACAUGACAAUAUGUGCCCUAUAUGUUCUUUGCAUUAGCUGGUUUGAAAAGUGCCUACUCCUUUUUUUUUUUUUAAUGGACGCUUCUUUACAAUACUUUGCCUUUACUACAGGGGUUAUAGGCCUCUCAAAACUGCACUUCUUCCUGAACUGCAUACUUUUUUUCUAGCUGCACAUUAUGCUGGAAAUCGUAGUACCCAUUGGGCUUAGAUGAGAUAAGCUGCCACCUGCCCUGAUUACAUUUAAAUUGGGUUAAAGGCAUAAGGCAUUAUGGUGGUUUCAUAAGGGCUCAAUAAUCCAUUCUCCAGGAGGACCAGUUAUUUCAUGAUGCCAUGAACACCGUGGUGCGUGGGUAUUUUGAGACCUGAUAUAUAAAUCACACUCUCUAUCUUUUAUAUCCUUAUAUAUAUAUGAUCUUAACAGAUGCCUGAAAUUCUUCUCGCUCUUAGAUUUUGAACAAGUGUGUUGAAAAAGCAAAACACAAUCAGAAGAAAAUGGUAAAAAAAAGUUAUUAUAUUCUAAAAUUUACAAUUGUCUGUAUUAAGUCUUGUAUUAAUUCACUAUAAUGUUUCACACCCUGAUUUGUUUUUAUUUGCCACUAACAAACCCAAGGUCUCCUUCAUAAGUGUAACAAAUUGAAACAAUAAUAAAAAUGUUAACUACAAUAAA